UGACUCCAAAAAUCUCGUGCACCUACCUCACCGAAUGACCCUCUUCGAUAGCCGUGGUACUAAACUCAGACGGGAUCAGAAGAGGAUCUGAGAGUCUCAGCAGAGGCAAGGGAAACUCGAGAUAAAGAAUGGGUAUCCGAAGAACAGCCCUCGUCGGCGGCGGCGGCGGCGGAGUGGUGGAUUCUCUGAGCGAAAGAGCAGCAAAGAUGAGGGAGGCAGUGCAGAAGAGUCAGUCCAUCACAGAAAAUAUGGUUUCAAUCUUGGGUUCAUUCGAUCACCGGCUUUCUGCCCUUGAAACUGCCAUGCGCCCCACUCAGAUCAGGACGCAUUCAAUACGAAGGGCUCAUGAGAACAUCGACAAAACUUUGAAGGCUGCCGACGUUAUUUUGUGUCAGUUUGAUAUUUACCGACAGGCAGAGGUUAAAAUACUAAAAGGGCCACAUGAAGAUCUGGAAAGUUACCUUAAGGCAAUUGAACAAUUGCGGGACAAUAUUAAAUUUUUCAGCAACAACAAAAGCUUCAAGAGUAGUGAUGGGGUGCUCAACCAUUCAAAUACUUUACUUGCAAAAGCCAUUUCCAAGCUUGAGGAAGAACUUAAGCAUAUCCUAUCUUCAUACAGCAAAGCGGUUGAUCCUGAUCGUCUUUUUGAAUGCCUUCCGAAUUCAAUGAGACCGUCAGCCGCCGAGCCACCUAGAGAUCAGGCUGGUGGCAAAACCCCCUCAUCCCAUAGUCAUGCAGAGCAGAAUAACAAUGGACCUGAAAAUGCUGUGUUCACACCAUUAACUCUAAUACCUCCAAGGGUUCUUCCUUUACUGCGUGAUUUGGCGCAACAUAUGAUUCAAGCUGGUAACCAGCUGCAGUUAUUAAAAAUAUACAGGGAUGCCCGGUCUCCUGUUUUGGAAGAAACCCUUCAUAAGUUGGGUGUUGAAAAACUUAGCAAGGACGAUGUACAGAGGAUGCAAUGGGAAGUUUUGGAAGCUAAAAUUGGGAAUUGGAUUCAUUUUAUGCGAAUUGCUGUAAAACUGCUGUUUGUUGGUGAGCGUAAGGUCUGCGAUCAAAUAUUUGAAGGAUUUGAGUCUCUCAGAGAUCAAUGCUUUGCUGAAGUUACUAUGGGCAGUGUUGCUCUACUUCUUAGUUUUGGUGAUGCAAUUGCCAAAAGCAAGAGGUCACCUGAGAAGCUGUUUGUGCUCCUCGAUAUGUAUGAAAUUAUGCGAGAGCUUCACUCAGAGAUCGAAGAAUUAUUCAGGGGUAAGGCUUGCCAUGAAAUUAGAGAAUCUGCCUUUGGAUUGACGAAACGCCUUGCCCAAACAGCCCAAGACACCUUUAGUGAUUUUGAAGAAGCUGUCGAAAAAGAUGCAACUAAAACUGCAGUCUCAGAUGGAACGGUCCAUCCUUUAACAAGCUAUGUGAUCAAUUAUGUAAAGUUCCUUUUCGAUUAUCAAUCAACAUUGAAACAACUGUUCCAAGAAUUUGAAAAUGGGGAGGACUCAAAUUCUCAGCUAGCUUCAGUAACUAUGCGAAUAAUGCAGGCUCUUCAAACCAAUUUGGAUGGGAAAUCUAAGCAGUAUAGAGAUCCCGCUCUUACUCACUUGUUCCUUAUGAACAAUAUUCACUAUAUGGUCAGAUCUGUCCGCAAGUCUGAAGCCAAGGAUCUUCUAGGGGAUGAUUGGGUGCAAAGACAUCGCCGGAUUGUCCAACAACAUGCAAAUCAAUAUAAGAGAAUUGCUUGGGCGAAGAUAUUGCAAUCUCUAUCCAUACAAGGCCUAACAUCGUCCGGGGGAAGUGGGUCAGUUGGGGCAGAUGGACAAAACAGUAGCGGAGUUUCAAGAGCAGUUGUGAAAGAGAGGUUGAGGAUAUUCAAUGCACAGUUUGAGGAACUUCAUCAAAAACAAACUCAAUGGACAGUCCCUGACUCAGAGUUGCGCGAGUCUCUUAGGCUUGCAGUUGCAGAAGUUCUGCUGCCAGCAUACCGAUCUUUCAUUAAACGCUUUGGGCUUUUGGUGGACAAUGGUAAGAGCCUGCAGAAAUACAUCAGAUACACAGCAGAAGAUCUUGAGCACAUGCUUGGCGAAUUCUUCGAGGGUAAGGUGGCGAUUCCCGCGAAUGACCCAAGACGCUAGGCUCGCCUUUUCCAUUCGCCGAGUUGUGUAAGCUAUUGAUAUUUGAAAUGGCAUUUGUAUAAUUCAUUGAUUAUUUUUUUUCUAGUGGUUCUUAGGUUAUUAACCCCCUAAUUUGCUCGUAAAUGUCGUGUUUUUUAGCCGUUUGGUGGUGUGUAAUAAUAAUGGAACUCUUUUUGU